AAUAACAUAAAAGCGCUUAUGAUUCUAGGGCACGCGAUACUACGACAUCAGAACAAAACGACAAUGAGGGGACAAAUGAGAAAAUUGACAGUGUCAAGCGUUCUGUUAAUUUUGUCAAUUCUAACGGGGAUUGUUAACUCGAUCGACGUUGCUCCAGUUAAACCUACGACUAAAGAUCCUGUUCCAACAAGUUCAUCAGCCCUAAAACUCGAAGCAAGAUCUGAUCCGCUCGAUAAUGAGCACGACAGUGCAACAGCGACAGCGAUACUGAAUUCAACCUCUACUUCUUCCAAUAGUUUUCCGGUUUACCCGAGAUCCAACGAUAAGUCGAGCCUAUCUGAUCAAACUGUGAGUCUGAAUACCAAAGAUACUUAUCUGGAGGCGCUGGAGCACUCCCACUCAAGUAAAGAUCCACGUGAAGGCGUUGUCAAAGUUGACUCAAGGCCCAAGAGCACUAAAUUUGUCCGUAGGACUUACGAAGGUCCUGUUUACCGGCCCGAGUAUGGUCCACCGUCAGAUAAUACCAAUCCGCGAAUCGUUCAUGGAACCAGCCAAGAGUAUCCGUCCCAGUCGUCAAAUGAGUUGUAUUCAUUGCCGGCUCAGCAGACUCAAUAUGGCGCACCAGCGGCUCCACAGACUAAUUAUGGUGCUCCUAGUAGCAGUUAUGGGACUCCUAGUAGCAGCUAUGGUGUUCCUAGUAGCAAUUAUGGAACCCCUAGUAACAGUUAUGGCGUUCCUAGUAGUAGUUAUGGUGCUCCUAGUAGCAGUUAUGGCACUCCUAGCAGUAGUUAUGGUACUCCUAGCAGUAGUUAUGGUUCUCCUAGUACUAGUUAUGGAUCUGUUCAACCUCAAAAUUCUUAUGGACCGUCAAAUAGUUAUUUACCCGCUAAUAGACCUACGCAAGGUGAGGCUCGAGGAUAUGGAAGUGGAUGGAAUGGGUAUGCACUACCCCAACUGAUGCCAGCGAUCGAUUUCUCCUGGCCAUUUGCAUUGAAAUUAAACGCCUUCACUAUUGCUAAAAUACUUUUGAAAUUAGUAAUAUUCAAAAUGAUCGUCAAAUUUAUAGCUGUUAUAUGCUUGUUAUUAUUUAUCCCGAAGCUGGAGAUGAAAAAUAACGACGAUGACAGCGAUGAUGAUGAAAGCCGUGUAUUUAAAUGUAAGUUCUAUUUUAUAUUCUACCUCUCUUUAUGAUAAUAUUUUUCUCGUAUAUGCGCACUUAAAUUCAAUAAUAAAAUAAUUACGGUACGUGACAAUUUUUGCACUUAAAUUUAACGUUAAAUACAUUGAUAUAUAGCUUCCGCCGCCAACGUUAAUGUAGUUUAGCUAUAAUAAUAAUAAAAUAAUAUAAUGUAAUAAAAAAACAUAUCUAUACAUCUAUACUU